UCCUGUGGGUCAUCAAUGUCAUAGUCAUAGUCACAUUGACUACAAAAAUUAUGUAAAUUUUAGUUCUACUAAUAAUCACCUGGUGUUUAAUAAAAUGUUUCGAAAUGUUGGGCGUUUAUUUCGAUACUCUCUUGACAGAAGAUGUUCAAAUUUAGUAGAUGUGGAUUCAAAUAAAGUGUACGAUGAGUUGCUGAAGAAAUCAUACUUACUACCUGAAAAUGGGCAUAAUGUUGUGAUUAUUCAACCACAUUUAAAAGGUGUAUUUUACACUAGGAUCAACAACAGCCUAUCAUACUCACCUAAAAAUGAUCCCAAUGUAGACGAAGCUAUCGCUCUUGUGGAUUCAUUAGGAUUUUGGACUACCGUUGGUGUGAUAUUUUGCAAUGUAAAAGCCGCCAAAACUAAUAAAGGACCGUUUUUUAGUAAAGGUAUAUGGCAAAAUGUAUCAGAGUCUGUAAUUGCUUAUCGUGAUGGGAAACAGUCUGUUCAGACUGGUGAUACACUUCCUAACGAAAAAAAUAACUCAUCCUCUGAUCAUACAGUUAAAAAGCGAGCAACAGCAGUCCUCGUAAAUUGGCCUCGUUUAACAACACUACAACUGGCACUUAUGCAACAGGCCUGGCUAAUGCCUGUUUAUGAUCGUUACACCAUCGUUGUUCAGCUUUUUAAUCUUCGAUCUCGUACUCCAGAAGCAAAACUUCAAGCAAAGUUAGCUGAAAUUGGAUUACUUCGAGCUCGUAUUCCAGCAUUUUUUGAAACACCUAAUAUGAUUAAAUGCUUGGUUGAUAGGUCAGAUUUCGCUACAAAGGAACGUUUAUUACAAAUACUUAAUCAGACAGAAGUUAGUCUUUUAAAUCAACUGGAAAAAAUUUCCAAACAACGUAUUCAUCAUAGGCGUAAUCAUAGACGAGAUAUGGAGAAACAUCAUUUACCACUGGUUGCUGUUGUGGGAUAUACCAAUGCUGGUAAAACAAGUCUUAUACGCUAUUUAAGCAAAUCAGACAAACUUGCUUCAUCCCCAGAAGUGUUCGCCACUUUGGAUAUCACACAUCAUCGAAGUCGGUUGCCUAUACUUCCAAAUAAAGUAGAAGAGAACAAUAUGACUUCUGAUCAGUUGUUUUCUGAGAAUGGCAGCGAUGGUGGUUGUUCUAAUAGUAUAGGGUUGCCUGGGAUACAAAUGUUACUGUUGGAUACAAUAGGAUUUAUGUCUGAUCUUCCAACAAAUUUAUUGGCUGCGUUUCGAGCUACUUUAGAUGAAUGUUUAGAUGCAGAUCUAAUUUUGCACAUAGUUGAUGUAAGUCAACCUGAAUGGCAAUUACAAGUGAAUCAUGUAGAGGAGCUGUUGUGCAAUAUUGGUGUUAUAAAAAAACCGACAAAUUCUGGACACACAAACGAUUCCAAUGCAUUUGAACCACCUCAAGUGUUAAAAAUCGGUAACAAACUAGAUCGAAUAUAUUCUUCAGAGAAAACGCUCCCGUUUGAUUUUUCAGUGGUUGGUCACUUAUCAGAAGAUUCACUUUCCGACUUAUUACUUGGAAAUGACAUAGUUCUGUUUGAUAAAGACACUGAAAAAGUCUUGCGAUCAACUUGAGCAAUAAUGCAAGCAUUUUUUAAUGUGAUUCUCUCCCCUCUAAAUACAAAGUUUUACUUCAGGACUGACCUGCAUCAGCACCUGAGUUAAUGAUAUGGAGUGAAGUAGUAACGCGUAUCGAUCAUUUCACUUAUUUUCGGAGUUUCACCAGUCUUGGUGGAUUGGUGUCUGACAAAAUCUCUACACGAAUUCAGAAAGCUCGAUUGGCCUUUCCCAACUUGACCUAUUUAUGGCGUAGACAAGAUAUCUGUCUGCCAACUAAAUAACGUGUAUGCUGUGCAGCCUUUCGCUCUGCUCUAUUUUAUAAGUGCGAAACAGCCGUUAAGAAUUGAAGAUACUCGUAGGUUAUUAGUAUUUAAUCAUAGGUGUCCGGAAAGCAUUUCUCGUGCAUUUCAGUUCUACUGAAUAAGCAGUGCCGAGGUUAAGCGUAUGGUACUAGAUAAAGAUGGUAAAUCGAUUGAUGGGGUGGUACAUUCUAGUCAUAUAAGGUGGUUGAAACAUCUAUUUCAUAUAAACGACCACUGCCUACCUCAAUGGGUGGUCUGAUCUGGGGGUAGGUUAAAAAAGAUAGGUGUAGUCAAAACAAGACUUGAUACCACCUAUAAAGUCAUUAUUAAUUGGACUGAGGGAUGUUAAUUGGUGCAAACUACCCGUUUUGGGGUUUGUGUGACUAUUUUAACCGUUGGUUAGAGACUUUAAAUGACAUGGCUCAAAAUCGUUCGCGGUGGCUCAGGUGCAUCGACUCUGUCUUCUCCCAGAUCCUAAGUUUCUAAAUUCCUGAUAAUGUUUUUGUUCCACCGAUUUGUAUCUUCUUGAAGCAUAUAUUCAGUGUCUAAUCUUCUCUGUUACCACUUCUACUACUCCAGGAUUUGGCCUAGCAAUUUCAUCCCGCUGUGCUAAUGAAGUAUGGAAACCUGAUCCGGUGUACACACAUGGUAGGUUCUACGUUGCAUUCGACUUAAGUGAUUGACUGCACCCGUUGCUGGCAUGUAAAUAAAUCAUCAUUCGUUGUGACAUGAAAUAUCGGCUAUUUUUUAUGUGGAAUUCACUCUGGAACUGUUGAUGGAGGGCAGAAUGUGUUAAUUCCCCUAGAAAUCACUUACUAAUUAUUUUGUUAUUUUAGAGAUUUGAAUCUCUAUUUUGCACACCAAGUCUCCCUACGGUAGUUAUCCUUUAGUUUAUAGUGUUUAAAGAUUUUUUUAAUUGACUCUUAGCUCUUUAACCAUAGCAGGGUUUGCCCUAUUUUUAAGGUCAUUCUCUAUAAUGUGGUUGUCCGCUUGUAUUGGUUGCUUAAAUCAAUCCUUUUUGUCUUACUUGCAAGAUGUUUUUGCAGUAGCUGUGGCCAGAAGGAAAAUAGAGGCUGUGGUAUCCAGAUAUCAGAGUCAAAACUAACAGUUACUGACAUUAGUUUAACGCACAUUAGAAAUCGUUUUGGUAAACACUUAGUUGACUAAAAUUAAUCACCAUAUAUAAAAUGGUAGGAGUUAAGUAGCUGAUACAUAUUUUACUAUAAACAUUAUAUAUUAUGUACUUAUUAAGUUACUUUGUUUUUUUUGUAUGAACUUUUUAGUGAAUCAAAUGAUGUGUACACUGGAUUUGAUGCAUUAAUAUCUGCUAAAACUGGGACAGGUAUGAAAGAGUUGACUUCAAAAGUUCAACUAGCUUUAAUGAAACGUCUUGGAUGGUUUUCACGCACCUUGGAUGUUCGCCAAGGUGGUCCUAGUUUUCAAUGGAUUUAUUCUAAUGCUAUGGUCACAAGCGUGGACACCUCCCCUUCGAGUUCAGAAAGGCUUAGAAUAACUGCAAUAUUCACUCCUGUCGGUUGGAUUAAAUUUUGCAGAACAUUUAAAAUGGCAUCCUCUGAAAAUGUUUCGUAAUAUUUCAUAUAGUGAUAUACUUCAUGAAUAUCAAACACUGUAAUUUUCUUCUUAAACCAUAUCCUUUUACAAAUUGUUUGACAUGUAACAUUGUUCUGUUUUCAUAAAUUAUUUUUUAAGAUUUGUUUUAACAAAAAGUAUAAAUGUCGACCACACUAUUGUCUUCAGAUUAAGGUGUACAGAUUAAAACUAGACAAUUAUAGUACUGUAUAGAUUUUAUUUUGAAAUAUUUACUUCUUAGUAUUAUGGACAUUUUUAUCUAUAAAAUUUAAUCAUAUUCUUUAUCAGUUAUUUUAAUUAAAGUACAAGUUGGACGUCCAUGUGCGCAUUGGAAAGGUA